UCACCAUUUAAGUAGCUUCUCUCUGCCUGUCUCUUUGUCUCUUUGAUAGCUAUUUGAAGGUUCUGAGCAAUGGAGGGAAAACAAAAGUUCCUCCAUGGAACACUUGAAGCUACAAUUUUUGAUGCAACACCUUACAUACCUCCAUUUCCAUUGAAUUGUGUACUUGCAAAUGGAAAGCCAACCUAUGUGACCAUCAAACUGGACAAUAAGAAGGUAGCAAAGACAACCCUUGAGCGUGAUCGUGUUUGGAACCAAACCUUCCAAAUUCUCUGUGCUCAUCCACCUGAUUCAACCAUCACCAUUACAAUGAAAACCAAGUGCUCAAUCUUAGGAAAAUUCUGUAUCCAGGCAGGACAAAUACUAAAUGAAGCUAGUUUGAUCAGCGGGUUCUUUCCUCUCCAAAUGGAAAAUGGUAAAACGAACCCAGAACUCAAGCUAAGGUUCAUGUUGUGGUUCAAACCAGCAGAGUUUGAACCAACCUGGGGUGAAGUACUUAAAUAUGGAGGAUUCCAGGGUCUUAGAAAUGCUACAUUUCCUCAACGGUCCAAUUGCCAUGUCAUGCUCUAUCAAGACGCACAUCAUAGCUCUGAAUUUCAGCCUCCGUUUUCUCUCUGUGGUAGUCCAAGAAAAUUAUGGGAGGAUGUAUACAAGGCCAUUGAGGGUGCAAAGCAUUUAAUUUACAUUGCAGGCUGGUCUUUCAAUCCGAAGAUGGUUCUGGUCCGAGAUCCUCAAACUAAUAUUCCACAUGCAAAAGGAAUAAAGCUUGGUGAAUUGUUGAAACGAAAAGCUGAAGAAGGUGUUGCAGUAAGAGUUAUGCUUUGGAAUGAUGAAACUUCCUUACCAUUUAUCAAGAACAAAGGAGUAAUGAGAACACACGAUGAAGAUGCUUUUGCGUACUUCAAACACACCAAAGUCAGAUGCAAGUUAUGCCCAAGAUUGCACCAUAAGUUCCCAACACUCUUUGCUCACCAUCAAAAGACUAUAACUGUUGAUGCUAGAACUUAUAGUACUUCUUCAGUAAACGAUAGGGAAAUCAUGAGCUUUGUCGGUGGAGUAGAUCUUUGCGAUGGCCGGUAUGAUACAGAGCAACAUUCCUUGUUUCGCACACUUAAUACAGGAGCUCAUUGUUUUGAUUUCUAUCAAACAAAUAUAUCUGGAGCCAGCCUUCACAAAGGAGGACCAAGGGAACCAUGGCACGAUGCUCACGCCUGCAUAACUGGGGAAGCUGCUUGGGAUGUGCUGGCCAAUUUUGAGCAAAGAUGGACGAAGCAAUGUGACCCUUCUUUGUUAUUGCCUACAAGCUCCAUACCGAAUCUCAUACGCCAGCCUUUUGCUUCAAGCAUUUCCAACGACAGGAAUUGGAAGGUACAAGUAUUUAGAUCAAUUGACCAUGUCUCGGUUAGCCAGUUGUCUAAAAACUUAACUGUUGAGCAAAGCAUCCAUGAAGCCUACGUGGAAGCAAUAAGGCGGGCGGAGAGGUUCAUAUACAUUGAAAACCAAUAUUUCAUUGGGGGAUGCCAUUUAUGGGAUAAAGAUAAGCACUCUGGCUGUAGAAAUUUGAUUCCCGUAGAGAUUGCACUUAAGGUGGCAAGCAAAAUCAAAGCAAAGGAGAGGUUUACCGUGUAUAUUUUGAUACCAAUGUGGCCUGAAGGAGUACCUGACAGUGAACCAGUUCAGGAUAUAUUGCACUGGACUAGAGAAACAAUGUCAAUAAUGUACAAAUUGAUUGGAGAAUCCAUAAAGGAAAGCGGCGAGCCAGGGCACCCGAGAGACUACCUUAACUUCUUCUGUCUUGCAAACAGGGAAACACAGAGCAAAGAAGAGUUCGUUCCUCCUCAUUCCCCUCAACCUUCAACACAAUACUGGAAUGCCCAAAAGCAUAGGAGGUUCAUGGUGUAUGUCCACUCCAAGGUCAUGAUAGUGGAUGAUUUGUACAUUCUAAUAGGAUCUGCAAACGUAAACCAAAGAUCCAUGGACGGGCGACGAGACACAGAAAUUGCAAUAGGAUGCUACCAGCUGCCAGAAAAUCCUGAAAGCAAUAAUUCCACAACUCCCAGAGAUAUCCAUGCCUAUCGAAUGUCGCUAUGGUAUGAGCACACUGGACUUGCCGAUGACGUAUUCCUGGAGCCACAGAGCCUGGAAUGUGUACAGAAGGUGCGUUCACUGGGCGACCAAAUGUGGCAAAUUUAUGCCAAUGAAGAAGAAAUUGCGGACAUGGAAGGAGUGCACCUAGUCACUUACCCCGUUAACGUGACGGUGGAUGGUUUGACUGAAGAUGUUGCCGAUGGCGGUGGGAAUUUUCCUGACACGAAAUCCCCCGUGAAGGGAAGACGAUCGAAAAUGCUGCCACCCAUUUUCACUACUUAGUUAUGGAAAUAUUAUUUAAGCUCAACAGGACUUACAUUCUAACUGUCAUUGUAACGAGCCGUGUAUUACGGUCCUGUCCUUUUAUGGGCUCCAAAUCCCAAAGGAAGAAUGCAAAUCACGGCCCUGUUACGGAACCUUUGAUUUGUUGUAAAGAUUGAAACGCAAGCAAAAGGGAAAAAAAUAAGACAACAAUUAUUUAUUAUUAUCACGAUAA